CGGUGACAUCAUCAAGCAGCAUGGCGAGCGGCGGGCGGCGGCCGGAGCACCGCGGGCCUCCCGAACUGUUCUACGAUGAGACGGAGGCACGGAAGUACACUCAGAACUCCCGCGUGGCCGAGAUCCAGGCGCAGAUGGCGGCGCGGGCCGUGGAGCUGCUGGCGCUGCCCGAGGGACGGCCGUGCCUCCUCCUGGACGUGGGCUGCGGCUCCGGACUGAGCGGGGAGCACAUCUCCGAGGAGGGGCACUUCUGGAUCGGGGUGGACAUCAGCCGCGCCAUGCUGGAUGUGGCUGUGGAGAGGGAGGUCGAAGGAGAUCUGCUCCUCGCGGAUAUGGGCGAUGGCAUUCCCUUCAGGCCUGGCACGUUUGAUGGCUGUAUCAGUAUCUCUGCAGUGCAGUGGCUUUGUAACGCUGACAAGAAGUCACACAGUCCUCCAAAACGCCUUUAUCGGUUCUUUUCAACUCUUUAUACUGCCUUGGCCCGAGGAUCCCGAGCCGUACUGCAGCUGUACCCUGAGAACUCAGAACAGCUGGAGCUCAUCACUGCCCAAGCCAUGAGAGCUGGCUUCACUGGUGGCAUGGUCGUAGAUUACCCCAACAGCACCAAAGCUAAGAAGUUCUUCCUCUGUCUCUUUGUUGGGACAUCUGGCACGUUACCAAAGGGCCUUGGUACUGAGUGUGCUGAUGGAGAAGAGAUACGUCAGGCAAAAUUCACCAAUGAGAGGAUACGAUUCAGAAAUGCCAAGGGCAAGUCUGUGAAGAAAAGCCGGGACUGGAUUCUUGAGAAGAAAGAACGCAGACGACGACAGGGCAAGGAAGUGAGGGCAGACACAAAAUACACCGGUCGGAAGCGCCGCCCUCAGUUCUGAUUUGCUGUGGACAUUACUGACAUGGAGGAUUGUGUGCUGGCCUCGUUAGUGAGCCUCUUGUGGAUGGUCCCAAUGGGCUUCCUAGGCCUGGGACUUGCAGGAGCCACGGUGACCUGUCUCAACAACUGUAUACUGGCUCAGGUGCAGCCAAACUGCUAACUUCAAAGCUUCCAGCUGUUUUCUUUGUGAAGAGAAAGCAGCACAGCGUUCUGGCCACUUGGAGCUUCAGGCAAGCCCAGAGCAUUAUAUGCAGACUUUUCUCUAAACAGUCAACAGGUUGAAAGAGUUGCUGGUCUCCUGUGUCAUGUCAGUGCAGGGGAGCACUGAGCUGGGAAACAGAGUAGCUGGUUCCUUGCCAGCUUCCCCUCUGUGUGCCAGGAAGUAGCCAGGCAGUAUUAGAGGUGUGUGUUCCAUGGGUGCACAUCUUCUGGGCAGGUGGGCACAGCUGUUAUUUGAGCUCUCCUGCGGUGACUCCUCUCGCAUGUUCUUCACGUCAGCCCCCCUGUCUGUGUUACUGCUCUGAGGGUGUUGGAGUCUCCCCACCCCAGUCCUUGCUCCCUGUCACUUCCACCCUUCCCCUUUAACAGAAGUGCCAGCCAGAGCUCUACAGUUACAAAUGUUUAUUCUACAUAAAAAUUCCACAAAAUGGGAA